AUGGCACCAGUUUCUCGCGCACUCAUCGCCAUCACCUCCGCUCACGCUCCUCUAUAUCCAGGGGGCAAAGAGACCGGCCUCUUCAUCACCGAAGCUCUCCAUCCAUUCCAGGUGUUUCGUCAGGCCGGCUUCGAGGUCGACCUGGUUUCUGAAACGGGAACCUACCAGCCUGACUGGCUCUCGCAGCAGAAGGAUUGGCUGAAUGAUAAAGACCGCGCUGAAUGGGAGGACCACACCAGCGAGUUCCGCUCCAAGCUUGACAAGCUGCUGAAGCCGAGUGAUAUCGAACCUGCUAAGUACGGGCUUUUCUUUGCUUCCGCAGGACACGCGUCUUUGAUUGACUAUCCGGAUGCCAAGGGCCUGCAAGAGAUCGCUUCCCAUAUCUACACUUCAGGCGGUAUCAUUUCAGCGGUCUGUCAUGGCGGGGCUAUCUUCCCCGGCAUCAUUGAUCCCAGUACCAAGAAACCGAUCAUUGAUUCGCGCAGAGUGACGGGCUUCACCACUCGAGGCGAGGAAGAGGAGAACGUUCUCGAUACCAUCAAAAGCUGGAACAGACCGACUAUCGAGGCUACUGCAGCUAGCUGUGGGGCCACAUAUGUCUCUCCCGCCGGACCAUGGGACGCAUUCACUAUUACGGAUGGGCGCAUUGUGACAGGCGCCAAUCCUGCCAGUGCCCAUGUCACUGCCGAGGCCGCUGUGACAGCUUUUGGCAAGCUCUAG